AUGAGUAAAAAAAGAGAAUCUUCAGAGGAUUUUACUGAAAAGUCCAACAACAACAAACAACAGAAAGAUAAAGAUUCAAAAAAGAAAAUGAAGAAAUCACAUGACGAUAUAGAUAACUCUGUAGAAGAAUCAACUACAACUACAACAACAAAUAAUAAUAAUAAUGAUAGUAUAAAAACAGAGAUUUAUGAUAAUGAUGAUGGAAUCAAUAAGUGUACAGGCAAGAAAUAUUCAAAACGUUAUUAUGACAUUCUCGAAAAGAGAAAAUUACUUCCAGUUUGGGAGCAACGUUCGGAAUUCAUAAAUAAACUAAAGAGCUCACAAGUUUUAGUAUUGGUUGGUGAGACUGGUUCCGGUAAAACAACUCAGAUUCCACAAUUUGUAUUUGAAGCUGGAUUUGUUGAAAAAGGAACAAUGGUUGGUGUUACACAACCGAGAAGAGUUGCUGCGCUCUCUGUUGCAAAGAGAGUGUCAGAGGAGAUGGAUGUCGUUCUGGGAGAGGAAGUCGGUUAUUCGAUUCGUUUCGAGGAGUUGACAUCGGAGAAGACCUUUAUGAAAUAUAUGACUGACGGUAUGCUCCUUCGUGAAUCGAUGGCAGAUCCACUCCUCAAGAAAUAUAGUGUAAUCAUACUGGACGAAGCACACGAACGUACACUGUCCACCGAUAUUCUGUUUGGACUGAUCAAGGGUGUACUACAGAAGCGUAAGGAUCUCAAGCUGGUGGUUAUGUCUGCGACUCUUGACGCUGGCAAAUUCCAAAAGUACUUUAACGAUGCGCCAUUGAUGAAGGUGCCGGGUCGUCUUCAUCCGGUGGAGAUCUACUACACACAGGAGCCAGAGCGUGACUAUCUCGAUGCAGCCGUCAGAACGGUGCUGUCGAUCCACCAAGACGAAGAUGCCGGUGACAUUCUUGUUUUCCUCACCGGUGAGGAUGAGAUCGAAGAGACAUGCACCAGAGUGGCCAGAGAAGCGAAACAGAUGCAGUUGCCACCGAUCACUUGUCUUCCACUCUACUCAACAUUGCCGAUGAGCCAACAAUCAAAGAUUUUCGAUAACUAUCCUCACAGAAAGUGUAUUUUCUCGACCAACAUUGCUGAGACUUCACUCACCAUCGAUGGUAUCGUGUAUGUUGUCGACCCUGGAUUUUCAAAACAAAAGACAUAUAACCCGAGAUCGCGUAUCGAGUCACUCUUGGUGUCGCCUAUCUCUCAGGCCAGUGCAAAGCAGCGUGCAGGUCGUGCCGGUCGUACCCGUCCCGGUAAAUGCUUCCGUCUCUACACUGAGAAAUCAUUCAAAAAGAAUUUACCAGUCCAGACCUAUCCAGAGAUUCUCAGAGCCAAUUUGUCCACAGUUAUUCUCCAACUAAAGAAGCUGGGUGUCGACGACCUGGUGCAUUUCGACUUUAUGGAUCCACCCAUUCCCGAGACACUGAUGCGUGCACUCGAAGUGCUCCACUAUCUCGGUGCGCUCGACGACGAAGGUGAGCUGACUAAAGAUGGUGAAAUUAUGGCAGAGUUUCCACUCGAUCCACAACUCUCAAAGAUCCUCGUUUCGAGUGCGCGUUACAACUGCUCCAAUGAAGUGCUGACCAUCGCUGCAAUGCUGUCGGUUCCCAAUGUUUUCCAUCGUCCCAAGGACAACCGUCGUGACGCCGAUCAAACCAAGAAGCUCUUUGACCACAUCGAUGGUGAUCACCUCACCCUUUUGAACGUCUACCACUCAUUCAAGCAGAGCGGCGAGAACACAACAUGGUGCUACGACAACUACCUAAACUACCGUGCCAUCAAGCAAGCCACCAAUGUUCGUAGUCAGCUGGCACGUAUUCUCUCGAGAUUCGGUGUGCCUUUGGUCAGUGGUGAUAUCAACUCACGUGAUUACUAUAUCAAUAUUCGAAAGUGUUUGGUAUCUGGAUUCUUUAUGCAAGCGGCUCGUCUCGAGAAGAAGAACGAGUAUUUCACAUUGGGCGACGAACAAAAAGUAAUGUUGCAUCCAUCGUGUGGAUUGGACAGACGUCCAGAUUGGGUGAUCUACAAUGAAUUGGUUUUAACAAGCUCAAACUACCUCAGAACUGCUACAGAUAUUAAAUUCGAAUGGCUACUUGAAAGCGCACCUCAUUACAUAGAUUCACUUUUGGAUCCAAGUGUUCCACAAAAGACAAGACAAAAUAUUGAAAGAGCAAAGAAAUAUAUUGCUAUGACAACAUCAUUUACAGAUUAUCCAAAGUUAAAAUCAAUCAUUGAAAAGGUGAUUGAAGAUCUUGGUUAUUGUAUUGAAACAAAUGUAGCAGAGGAAGAUGAAGAUAACUCUGAGAUUCCAGCUUUAAAGAUACCUUUUGUUCAGAAUACAACUAAAACCAAAACAGUUGGACAACUACAAAAGUUUGCAGAGCAUCUCUCUGGUCUUGGUGAUUCGUUGAACAAUUCAUCGAGAUCCGCUAUGAUUCAUUGUGUUCGUAGCCUCUCCGAUGUAGCCACUCAAUUAAACACCGAUGUCACACAGGCACUUCAAAGUGUUCCAGACGGUAAAGCUAAAAUCAAAUUCCAAGAGCAUCUAAGUAAACUAAAGACAUCGUCAUUACAAUUAAAGAUUAGUGUUUCUGUUAGAGCAUCAUCCGAUGAGAACGAUAGCAUUGCAGAUGUAGAUAAAAAGAUUAUUUCAUUGAUUGAAGUUAUUGGUGAAGCUUACAAUGUGGUUGCGUACAGCGAUAGAUUCAUUUUUAUAGCAUUGAAUGAUAACAUUUCGGCGAUUUGUUUAUUUUUUAAUCAAUUAAUUCGUAAUAACAACGCGAUCAUUAAUGAUGAUAUUGCAUUAGAUUGUAAAAAAAAGUGCAAAGAAGUUAGAGGUGUCUACAACACAAAAGUUUUUAAAACUAGAUUGUAUAAAUUAAAAGAAUUCAAUUCUUAUAUAAAUCAUAAAGGUAAUGUUGGUAGAACUUUAGUUACAGCUUUAUUGACAACAAUAACAAAUGAUUAA